AUGGUAAUCAUGGCUGCUGCUACGAUUGAGUUACCGUUUAUUUCGUCGCACUACGCCAUUGCCGAGUCGACUUUGAGCACCCUCACCACAGCUCCUACGGUCGAGCUAGUCAACCAGCUUUUGGAAGCUAUUACCACAAAAGCACGCGAGCAUGAUGAGCUCAAGUCUGAUAAAAUACGCCUCGAGGUGGAACUCGAUAAUGCCGUCCGCUCGAGAGACAACAAGAUUAAGGUCCUGAAGAGCUCGGUCGAGAAGGGUCAUGCCGAAGUCGAGGAAACAAGGAAGAAACUCCACGAGUCCGAAAACAUUCGCUCUACCCUGGAAUCCGAGAUUGCUACACUCAAGUCGUCCUCCACGUCAAACGAAUCCGAAGCCAGCUCAUUGAAAUCUCGCAUCUCAUCGCUCGAAGCUUCCAACCGAGACACUCUAUCACUCCUCGAAUCCAAGUCCGCAGCCUAUGACAAGCUUGCCGAGGAGCUCUCGACACAACACAAGAAGACAAUCGAAUUGAGACGCGAACUCUCCACCGCCGAGCAGAACCUCCAGGCCGCAAACUCUGCCUCCGCCAGCGCUAAGUUCCGUGAGCAGAGCCUCCAGCAGGAUUUGGAAUUGACAAAGAAAAACAACGAGUGGUUCGAGACGGAAUUGAAGACUAAGUCCGCCGAGUAUCUGAAAUUCCGCAAGGAGAAGAGCGCCCGAAUUUCGGAGCUUCAACGCGAAAAUGAGGAGAUCAGUGCCAAUGUUGACUCAUUGAGACGGAGUGAGAACGCCCUUAAGAGCCGCCUGGAUGAGGUGGAGCAGCGUUAUGAAGAAGCGCUUUCCAGCAUCAACCAGCUUAGAGAAGACGCCAUCAAGGCGACCGAGUCGUUCAGAAUCGAAUUGGAUAGUGCAAGUAGACUGGCCGAAUUGCAGUCAAAUGCUGCCGAGACUUCGAAGCAGCGUGCCAAGGAAUGCCAACUCGCUCUGGACAAAGCAAGAGAAGAUGCUGCGGAGCAGAUUUCCCGUCUCCGAGUGGAAAUCGAAACCGAACACGCCGACAAAGAAGCUGCUGAGCGCCGCGUUGCUGAGCUUGAGCUCACGGUCAGCCAGCUCGAGUCCGAUGGUUUUGCUGGAAGGAGAUCCAUGAGCCCGGCGCUGAAUGGCGCAGGGCCCAGUACCCCAAUGCGUCCCAGUACUCCAGUGGGCGCGUUUUCACCUAGAGCGUCGCGCGGAAAGGGAGGACUCACCCUGACGCAGAUGUAUACCGAGUACGACAAGAUGCGGACAUCGCUGGCUAUGGAGCAAAAGACAAACCAAGAGCUUAGAUCGACUCUAGACGAGAUGGUCCAAGAUCUUGAAGCCAGCAAGCCUGAAAUUGAUGAACUUCGUGCAGAUCACGGUAGACUCGAGAAUGCCGUCGUCGAAAUGUCCAACAUCUUGGAAACCGCUGGGAAGGAACGAGACGAUGCAACCAAGGAGGCAAGGAAGUGGCAAGGUCAAGUGGAGGGAUUGGCCCGUGAGGGAGACAUUUUGCGUCAGCAACUUAGAGAUUUGAGCGCUCAGAUUAAGGUCUUGGUCUUGGAAAAUGCCAUUCUGAAGGAAGGCGAGACCACGUACGAUAGGGAGGAACUCGAGAAGAUUGCACGCCAGGAGAUUGAUGACUCUUCUGCUGAUCUCAACCCAACCGGACGUUUCAUUAGUCGCAACUUGAUGACGUUCAAGGAUCUUCACGAGCUCCAAGAGCAGAAUGUCACUCUCCGCCGUAUGUUGAGAGAGCUUGGGGAUAAGAUGGAGGGCGCAGAGGCCCGCGAGCAGGAUGCCAUCCGUCAACAAGAGCAAGAGGAGCUGAAGGAGCUGAGAAUCCGGGUGCAGACUUACCGUGACGAGAUCGCUAACCUCGUCGCUCAAACAAAGAGUUAUGUUAAGGAGAGGGAUACCUUCCGGAGCAUGCUUACCCGCCGUCGUCAAACAGUUGGCGACGCAUCUGUCUUCUCCCAGUCUCUUCCUCUCGGCGCAGCUCCUCCCGCUUCCGAAGAGCCGGCCAAGGAUGUUCCAGACUACGCUGAUCUGUUGCGCAAGGUGCAGGCACACUUCGACAGCUUCCGCGAGGAGUCCGCCACCGAUCAUGCAGCUUUGAAGCAACAGGUCAAUGAGCUAUCCAGGAAGAACAGUGAACUGAUGAGCGAAAUCAGCCGCUCCAGCAGCCAGCUUGUUGCUGCCACCCAAAGAGCCGAGCUUCUCCAGGGCAAUUUCGACAUGCUUAAGAACGGAAACGCAGAAAUGCAGAAACGCUACGCUACUCUUCUGGAAAACGCUAACCGGCAGGAUAUCAGGACUCAGCAGGCUGCGGAAGAUCUGGUGGAGACGAAGGGUCUUGUUGAGAGCCUUCAACGGGAGAAUGCCAACCUCAAGGCAGAGAAGGAUCUCUGGAAGAAUAUCGAGAAGAGACUCAUCGAGGACAACGAGACACUGCGCAACGAAAGAGGCCGACUUGAUUCUCUCAACGCCAAUCUUCAAACCAUCCUCAAUGAGCGGGAGCAUACCGAUGCUGAGAGCCGUCGUCGUUUGCAGAGUAGCGUGGAGUCUCUCGAAUCGGAGCUCCAGUCCACCAAGCGGAAGCUUAAUGAUGAGGUUGAGGAGGGAAAGAAGGCAUCGUUGCGCAGGGAAUACGAACAUGAGCAAAGCCAGAAGCGAAUUGACGACUUGGUGACGAGCUUGGGCGCGGCUCGGGAGGAGUUGGUUGCUGCGAAGACGACAAGAGAUCACUUGCAGUCGAGAGUCGACGAACUCACUGUCGAGCUGCGUAGUGCGGAAGAACGCCUUCAGGUUGUGCAGACUAAGCCAAGUGUGUCUGCUGCUCCUACUGAAGCGCCUGCGGUUCCCGAGGAAGGCCAGGAGAGUGGAUUGACACGCGAACAGGAGCUUGGUAUUGAAGUAUCCGAGCUCCGUCGUGAUCUGGAGUUGACAAAGAAUGAACUUCAGCACGCGGAAGAGCGGGUGGAAGACUACAAGGCUAUCAGUCAGCAGAGCGAAGAGCGCCUGCAGUCUGUUACUGAGACCCAGGAACAGUAUCGGGAGGAAACGGAGCGUCUCAUCGAAGAGAAGGAUAAGAAGAUUCAGGACCUUGAGAAGCGCAUCGAAGAAAUCUCUACUGAGCUUUCGACUACGAAUGGCGAACUCACCAACCUGCGUGACGAGCAAGGGGAGGCUGGCCGGCAUUUGGAGGAGCAGAAGGCCGCGCUGGAAGCAGAGAUCACAAGAUUGAAGGACGAAAAUGAACGGCAGAUCGCUUCUGCUCAAUUCCAUCAGGAAGAUCUCAAGGCACAAGCCGAAAUCGCGCAGCAUGCCCAACAGAACUACGAGAGCGAGUUGGUCAAGCAUGCCGAAGCUGCGAAGAACCUACAAUUGGUCCGGUCCGAAGCUAACCAGCUGAAGCUGGAAGUUGUCGAACUCCGGACCCAGGCCGACACUUUCAAGAAGGACCUUGCUCAGAAGGAGGAAAGCUGGACUGAGAUUAAGGACCGGUAUGAGAGUGAGCUUACGGAACUGCAAAAGCGCCGCGAGGAAGUUCUCCACCAGAAUUCGUUGCUGCAUACCCAACUCGAGAACAUCACAAACCAGAUCGCAGCCCUCCAGCGCGACCGGGCUAACAUCCCUGAGGGAGAUGAGGAUGGAGAGGCUGGGGCGCCCAACCUCGAAGGCCUCCAGGAGGUGAUCAAGUUCCUGCGUCGUGAGAAGGAGAUCGUCGAUGUGCAGUACCACCUGUCAACCCAGGAAAGCAAGCGUCUUCGUCAGCAACUCGACUACACACAGACCCAGCUUGACGAAGCCCGGCUUAAGCUCGAGCAGCAGCGUCGCGCGGCUGCCGACAGUGAACAUAGCGCUCUCAGCCAUAACAAGUUGAUGGAGACCCUGAAUGAACUCAACCUGUUCCGCGAGAGUAGUGUUACGCUGCGUAACCAGGUCAAGCAGGCGGAAACCUCACUUGCGGAGAAGUCUUCUCGCAUCGAAGAACUUGUCCAGCAAAUUCAACCGCUAGAGACUAGAAUUAGGGAGCUAGAGAACACUGUGGAGACGAAGGAUGGAGAGCUGAAGUUGCUGCAGGAUGACAGGGACCGGUGGCAGCAACGUACGCAGAACAUCUUGCAGAAGUACGAUCGGGUACACCCUGCUGAAAUGGAGGGUCUGAAGGAGAAGCUUGAGACUUUGGAGAAGGAACGUGAUGAGGCCGUUGCUGCUCGGGACACUCUACAAACACAGGCUGCUGCAUUCCCAGAACAGUUGAAGCAUGCGGAGGAUCGUGUGCAAGAACUGCGCACGAAGCUCACGGACCAAUUCAAGGCUCGGUCUAAGGAAUUGACUGGUCGUAUAAAUGCUAAACAGGUAGAGCUGAACACGGUCGUGCAAGAGAAGGAAGUUAUUCAAGAAGAACUCAAGACGACUCGGGAGGAGCUGAAUGAGUUGAAGGCGAGGAUGGCCGAGAAACCUGCAGCUCCUGCUCCUGCUGCUGUUGAAGGAGCUACGGGUGUUGACUCAACGCCUGCUUCUCAGUUCCCUGCGCCAACAACUCAGCCGCCUGCCGCUUCUGACGACCAACGCGUGAAGGCUCUGGAAGAGAAGGUGCAACGCCUCGAGGCAGCUCUUGCGGAGAAGGAGACGGCGUUGGCCGCGAAGGAGACAGAACACGAGGCCAAGAUCAAGGAACGCUCUGACAAGCUGAAGGAGAUGUUCAACAGCAAGCUGGCUGAAGUCCGGGCUGCUCAUCGGCAGGAAGUUGAGCGGUUGAAGUCCAGUCAACCAGCCGCUCCUCAGGAACCUGGAACCCCAGCUCCCAAAUCCGAGCAGGUGCCAGCAACGCCGGCGACUCCUGCGGCUGCUCCCGCGACACCUUCCAAGGACACUGGAUUGCCUGAGCUGACGGAUGCGCAAGCCAGGGAGCUUGUUGCCAAGAACGAGACCAUUCGUAACAUCAUUCGGAGCAACAUCCGCACCCAAGUGGCUAAGCAAAAGGAAACCGACAAGCAGGAGAGCCAAGCCAACCAGGAGGCCAUGAGCACACUGGAGCAGAAGUUUAACGAAGAGAGAGAAGCGUUGAAGAAGGCCCAUGAAGAGGGUGUGGAGGAGAAGAUCAAGGCUGCCGUCGAGUUGUCCGACAAGAAAUCACUGGCGAAGCUAAGCAUGCUGGAUACCCGAUACAGGACAGCCCAGGCCAAGAUCGAUGUGGUUCAGAAGGCUGCUACAGAGACACCUCAGAAGCCCGUUGUCGAAGUGUGGGAGGUCGCAAAGACCACCAGAGCGCCUCCGGCAGCGCAGGCCAAGCCCGCCCAGGUGGCAUCCCCUGCGCCUGCACCGUCUCCCGCGCCCGCAGCGGCCCAGGCUACCCCGGUGGUACCAUCGCCGUCGCCUGCUCCGACGGCCACUCCUGCGGCCACACCCGCAGCUACGCCUGCAGCUGCACCACAGGCACAGCCUGCGGAGCCUGCUGCAGCUUCCACCGCUGAGCCACCUUCUGCUGAAUCUACGCCGCAGACAGGUGCCCCAGCACAGCAGCAACCGCAGCAACAACCUGCGCCUGAACAGGCAGCACAACAACAAGCUGCCCCUGCAACGGCUCAGCCAGCCGCCAAUGCUCCUCCGAACCCGUUCGGUCAGAGCCAGAACAAGCAACCCACCUCGUUGCCCAGCAAGCCUCCGGCCGGCAAUGCUCCUGGUCUUAUGCGAGCACUGACAUCCGGAUUGCCCGUCGCACGAGGCGGCAGAACCGGCGGCCGCGGCGGGUCGCAGGCGAAUCCUUUUGGCCAGCAACAGGGCCAGCAGCAACAGGCGCAAGGUCAGGGUCAAGCCCAGCAGCAAGCUCCUAGCCAGCGCGGCUCUGGUCUUCCCCGGGGCCGUGGCGGACGCGGAGGUCAUGGACGCGGCGGAAACCAAAAUGUACAAGCUACGAAUGCCGCUCAGCAGGGACAGGCUAGUCCAGGCCGCUCGCUGAAUGCCGGUGCUCGCCAGUUCGUCCCUCAGGGCAACAAGCGUGCUCGUGAGGAUGGAGGAGAAGCUGGAGGCGAAGGAGGAACCACUGGAGGAAAGCGCAUGAGGGGAGGAGGUCAUACCCGGGGGUCAUAG